ACCUCGUGGGACGUGUCUUGACUCUCAUCUAACUCUCUCUUGUUUAAAACCCCCUUAUCGCUAUCGGCGAUUUUGUAAUCUCUCUCGUCGACGAUCUCUCCUCUCUCCUUCAUCAACCGGAGAGAUUUUCAGAUAGUGUUGCUGUGGAGGAAGUGUGGUGUGAUUGGAAAGGAAACGGUUUGCUGCGGUUGGUGAUUGGAGAUAGCGAAAUGAAGAAUCAUGAACGAGCUGCGAAUCUUGCUCUUUUAGGUUUAACUCUUGCGCCACUAAUUAUGAAGGUGGACCCAAAUUUAAAUGUUAUUUUGACUGCAUCUCUCACGGUUUACGUGGGAUGCUACCGUUCUGUCAAACCAACACCACCUACAGAGACCAUGUCUAAAGAACAUGCCAUGCGGUUCCCAUUGGUUGGGAGUGCAAUGUUGUUGUCUUUAUUCUUGCUUUUCAAAUUCUUCUCAAAAGACCUGGUCAAUGCUGUUUUGACUGGCUACUUUUUUAUACUUGGAAUAGUCGCUCUUUCGGCAACACUAUUACCUUCAAUUGCAAGGUUUUUGCCUAAGCAUUGGAAUGAAGAUGUUAUAAAGUGGAGGUUUCCUUAUUUCUCAUCUUUGGAGGUUGAGUUCACAAGGUCUCAAGUGAUUGCAGCGAUCCCUGGAACGUUUUUCUGUGCAUGGUACGUUUCAAAGAAGCACUGGUUGGCUAACAAUUUCCUGGGCCUCGCGUUCUGCAUUCAGGGAAUUGAGAUGCUCUCACUGGGCUCUUUCAAGACUGGUGCUAUUCUUUUGGGUGGGCUUUUUUUCUAUGAUAUCUUUUGGGUUUUUUUCACCCCGGUGAUGGUCAGUGUCGCCAAAUCUUUUGAUGCUCCUAUAAAGCUUUUGUUUCCAACAGCAGAUGCCGCACGUCCUUUUUCUAUGCUUGGGCUUGGAGACAUUGUGAUUCCAGGCAUCUUUGUGGCACUGGCAUUGCGAUUUGAUGUGGCUAGAGCGAAAGAGAGCCAGUAUUUCAAAAGUGCUUUUCUUGGAUAUGCAGUAGGCUUGGUCCUUACUAUCAUUGUCAUGAACUGGUUUCAAGCAGCUCAGCCCGCUCUUCUAUAUAUUGUACCUUGUGUUGUCGGAUUUUUGGCUUUUCAUUGCAUUUGGAACGGGGAAGUUAAACAGUUACUGGCGUUUGACGAGUCCAAACAUUCUGAUUCUCAAGAUAAUGAUGAUUCUCAAGAUAAAGAUGAUGACCCUAAAGUGAGCAAAAAAGAUGAUUAAGUUGAAAUCUUAUACAACGGAACACACAUUUUGACUUGUAGUUACAAACUAUAGUUCAUAUUUAUAUGUACCCAGAUGGUUUUAGCUUGUAACUAACAUAGUCAAAAUUCUUGUAAGAAUUCCGGGUUAAGAUGUUCAAUAAGAAAAUAGAUUUCAGGAGGCA